GGGAGGGAAGGACAGAAAAAAAAAGUCAUCGCCUUGUACCAUCAACCCGCCUUUAGCUGCCAAUUGCCUCAACCACGAAUCUUGAGCACGGUCUACUUAAUCCAGAUGCUGUUGGACUCUUUUGCGAUUCCUUUGACACUCUUUUGAUACUCUUCAGACCACUACAGGAGCCAUGCAGCUCCGUACGGGAGCAGCGGUGCUGCGCAGCACUUCGAUAACGUCACGAUCUAUCCUCUCCUCCUCUUCCUCCCGAUGUUCGCAAUGCCGACGAAUCACUCCCCUCGAUGCGCGGAUACCUCUUACCACUGCCCUCUACCACUCAUCCUCGAGACGGUCUUCAGCAUGGGGCGCCGCUGUGUCUGUUGCGUCCAACAUGGCUGCGAAUGCCGUCAACCGCGUGAUCCCCAAGGGUGACAUGCACAUCGACCCUCUGCGGACAGUGGCCAAGGAGAUGAAGUUCUUGACGGGCAACAUCCGGAAGCUCCUUGGUUCUGGCCACCCGUCUCUGGAUCGCGCCGCCAAAUACUACACACAGGCAGAGGGCAAGCACAUGCGUCCUCUCAUCGUUUUGCUCAUGUCGAGAGCCACCGCUCUAUGCCCCAAGGGUCCCCGGCUCCAAUCUGGUCAAGCCAUUGGUAGCGUUGAUACGGCGAUAUCUCCCCCGAACAUCCUCGUCGACGUCAAUCCGAGCUCGCCCUUGACAAGCGCCGCCCCCGAACCUGUCGAGACCGAAUCUGACAUCCUCCCGUCCCAACGCCGUCUGGCCGAGAUCACCGAGCUAAUCCACACGGCAUCCUUGCUCCACGACGAUGUCAUUGACCACUCCGUCGCGCGACGCGGAUCCCCUUCGGCGAACCUCGAGUUCGGCAACAAGAUGGCUGUCUUGGCCGGCGACUUCCUGCUAGGCCGCGCAUCUGUCGCCCUGGCCCGUCUGAGGAACGCCGAGGUCGUUGAGCUUCUCGCCACGGUCAUUGCCAACCUGGUCGAGGGCGAGUUCAUGCAGCUCAAGAAUACUGAGCGGGAUGAGCGUAAGCCAGUGUGGUCGGAAGAGGCGCUCACCUACUACUUGCAAAAGACCUACUUGAAGACGGCUAGCUUGAUCUCAAAGUCAUGCCGUGCCUCGGCAAUUCUCGGCGGGUCAGACGCUGCUUCAGUCGAGGCAGCAUACGCCUAUGGUAAGAACCUAGGACUCGCAUUCCAGCUGGUCGACGACAUGCUCGACUACACGCGUAGCGAGAAGGAACUGGGCAAGCCGGCCGGCGCCGACCUUGAGCUUGGUCUCGCGACGGCCCCUCUACUAUUUGCAUGGAAGACAAAUCCGGAAUUGGGUGCUUUGGUAGGCAGAAAGUUCGAGCAGGAGGGUGACGUCGCCAGGGCACGCGAGCUGGUUCUCCAGAGCGACGGUAUUGAGCAGACGAGGGCACUGGCCCAGGAUUAUUCCGAGCGGGCCAUUGCAGCCAUCAGCGAUUUCCCCGAGAGUGAGGCCAAGGAUGGUCUCAUCGAAAUGGCCAUGAAGGCAUUGAAGAGGACAAAAUAAGCGUCUGGCGGCGCUGGCCGAUCAGAAACCUGUACAAAAAAAAACCAAAAAUCCGGAGUGCACGCAUUGUGGUAACGUGCGCUCAACACCACUGUACAACAGACCUUUGGGGCUCUUGACAGAGUACAUGUAACGAUAUUAUACAUCUAGACGGCGCGGCGUGAGGCCAAGGGGGGAAUAUCAUCGGGUUAGAGAUGGCACAGGACUUGAGUGCAAUACCACAGACAACUUCCCUUUUUUUUCGAUUACGCAAACGGGAUUCGGCAUAUGUGCGCAAGGGAUGAUUUGCUGAAGGGAAAGAUGAUGAUCCUGUGCAGGACAGCCUGCUGAAUGGAACGCCAACGACCCUCACCUGAUUGGGGAAGAUGGGAAACUUUUACUCGAUCAGAAUUCGGUGAGGUCUAGACAGCAGGGUUCAGAGAAGAGAAACCGGCGAGCUCCGUGGAGAAGCGGUUUCCAUUACGUUGCUGGAUCGCUUCUAGAUGCUCCCUUCUAGACGCAGCGUGGUAGAAGACGGCACUGUGAUGAGACGCAUGCAUGGGUCGGUCAGGGACCUGCAAAGCUUACACGAUAAUAGUCAAGGCCCGAUCCGAUGCUCGCUGGACUCUGGCGCAGCCUGCUUGUUCUGAGAAGGCGACAACCUAGCGAUUCGUCUAGACUACCGUCCGAAGAACGAGAUUCAAAAAUCACAAACACGUCAAGCGCGGUUCAAACAAACCAUGUGUAGCUGCAAUAGCCGCUGGACGUUCCGGAAACGAAGCAUGGCUGUAGGGAUGGUUUCCCGGAGGUUGGUAAACGGAUGAAUGGUGUGAUCGGAAGAAAGGGAGCCGGCUGUCGGAGCCGGGAUCGCUCAUCCCAACAAAUGAGACAUUCCUCGGUUGGAGAUGACUCGGUCAUCCAAGAACUCCACGGGGG